GAUUUGCAGAGUUACUAUAAACAUUCACUUUAAAGAGAAUAAAAUCCAUCAAUGACUAAAACACACACACCAAAGUUUCUGUGUUAUGUGAUGUUUAGCACACGUUUGCAGAGACGUGAAAACAGUAAACGAUAUUCUCUAUUUAUACUCAUAAACCUGUAAAAACUACCGACAUUGUAUUUUUGUUUGUUUCUCCAUUAUUCGAGUAACGGACAAUAGACCGCCGCAUGUUUGAAAACCGGAUCAAGUAGGAAUAUCCAGCAUCCGACAUUGAAUAAUACGGGCUAUACACGAACAUUAGAGAGUAAACAGUGCUGUAAAUAAGAAGUGAGUAGAAGCAUGUAAAUUGAGAUUCAUGUUAAUAAAUGCCGCAUUAUUCUCAUCAUCCUAAACGAAGACUUGCUUCAACACGAACAGGAAUAACUCCAGGUGUUACAGCUGAGAUCUGCGUGAGAAAUCAUUGUAAAAUGAUGUUUAUUAAAGAAGAGAGUGAGGACAUGAGUUAUCCAGAAGCAUGCAGUUCAAAUGCCAUGAAAGAUGAAGAUACUGAGGAGCAAAGAGAGCUGAUGAAAGUGAAAGAGGAAAGUGAGGAACUGAAUGAAGAGGAGAAACAACAGUAUCAGAAACAUGAUCAUUUCAAAACUGAAGAAUUUUUUUUUAGUUCCUCACAAAUUAAAAAGAAACGCUCACAAAAAAAAACUCGAAUAACAAAAACAAAAAAUACUCUUACCUGCCCUCAUUGUGGAAAGAGUUUCACACAUAAAGGAAACCUUAAAGUCCACAUGAGAAUUCACACUGGAGAGAAGCCUUUCACCUGUCCACAUUGUUUGAAGAGUUUCACAGAAAAAAGCAACCUUUUUAAUCACAUAAGAAUUCACACUGGAGAGAAGCCUUUCACCUGUCCUCAUUGUAUGAAGAGUUUCAAGCGUAAAGAAUAUGUUACCAAGCACAUGAGAACUCACACUGGAGAGAGGCCUUUCAUCUGCAAUCAGUGUGGAAAGAGUUAUUUUCAAAAAGAAGAUCUUAAGCGACACAUAAGAAUUCACACUGGCGAGAAGCCUUUCAAAUGUCAUGAAUGUGGAAAGAGUUUCAUAUGGGCAUAUAGUCUCAAAAAUCAUCUGUCCUUUCAUACUGGAGAAAAGUCAUAUAGCUGUGAUCAGUGCUGCAAAAUAUUUUCUUCAGCAUCACUCUUAAGAACACACCGGACAAUUCAUCCAAUUGAGAAGCCUUACUUGUGUUCACUUUGUGGAAACCGUUUUUCCCAGCUGCACAAUUUAAAACAGCACCAGAAAAAACACACUGGUGUGCGAGAUCAUGUGUGCUCUGAAUGUGGGAAGGCCUUUCACAGAGCUUUCGACUUGGAGCGUCACCAAAGAGUCCAUACUGGAGAAAAACCUCACAAGUGUUCAUAUUGUGAAAAAAGAUUCAGUCAGUCAGGAGCCCUGAAAUCACAUGAGAGAGUGCAUACUGGAGAGAAGCCACACCACUGCACUUCAUGCGGUAAAAGCUUCAUAACAUCAGCACACCUGAAAAAACAUGAGAGAGUACAUACUGGAGAGAAGCCGUACCACUGCACUUCAUGUGGGAAGAAUUUCACCCAAUCAAGCACUCUACAGACUCAUAGAAAAAAGCACUGUCCAGUAUUGUUGGCACAGUGAGAUAAGUUAACCCUUUAUUCGCUUUGUAAAUGGGAUGAAAUUCAGAAAAAAGCAUCAAAUCACAUUGCAUUUGGACUUGUGAGCAUUGUUUUAAUUUGGGAGCAUAUGAUAUUUUUUAUAUUCUGUUUAUGUUUAAAGCUACACUAUGUACAUUUUGGCCUCUAGCGGUUGAAGCAUAAAACUCCAGGUUACUUGUGGAGGAACGUUGUUUUGUAAAUUACGUGAGUCGGGCUUCGGCUAAUCUGAUGGUUCGAGGAGUAACCAUGGUUACAGGUGGUCAUCUCAUCAGAGCGAAUGUCACUAACGACAACAAAACUCACCCCCUCACCUCAAAAAAUAUAUAAAUAAAUAACAAAAUGAAGAGAAAGACGGAUAUCCGAAAAUAUGUCUUAUAAGCAGGUAAGUAGCAUAUCUUCCACUGUUGUUUUGACUUAAAUAGCGUUACAAAAGUUAGACAUAAUGCUAGUCAUAUCAGAUAAAAAUGGUGGAAACUAUUAUAACUUAGCUAGCAGGCCAAUAGACCAAGUUUGAAACUAGGUUAGAGAUUAGCAUAGUUACCAGCAUAAAAUGUAAUUUUUCUAUUGUCCUUUCACCUCAAAAUUUAAAUGGAAAGGACUGCACUACCACAGACGAUAAUAAAAUGCUCCAUUAGAGUGGCUAACGCUUUCUAAUGAACUACCGCGCUUAAGAGCUACAUGCUAUCUUUCCAGUAAAAUAUCUUACCUGUCCAGCAAGAAAAACUCCAUCUCUAGGUCGAUUUUAAAUCCUUUAACAUCUCGGAGUUGUCGCCACAUCUGAAAAGCCAAUAUGAAAUUGGUUCAUGUUUUAUUACGGGCUCUAUUGCUUUCCCUUUGUGCUUACAGACUCUUCUCUGUUCCAGUUUUAUUUAUUUUGAAAAUGGGUAAUUCCCCAGAGGGUUGUCUUUUUGAAUGAUCCAUGGUCAAUGUCGCUCAUUUGUUAUGGCUACAAGCUUUCCGCUUCAAACUACUACCACACAUAUCACCACACAUACACAUGCUCUGUAGUAAUCAGAUCUCCUUUUCUUUACGGACAUGAUGUAAACACACACGGACGAAUCACGGAAGUAUGCAAUUUCCUGCCAAAUCUGUCCCAACAGCUCUAAAAUAUAAAUAAUUAUUAAAGGCUUACCAUAGUGAAUCAGAGUAAGGAAAAAAAAACAUGGUUUGGAAGACAGAUUUUUGGUGUACUUGCUCAUUAAUGACAUUUUGUUCAUUUCGAACUAAAUUAUCUUAAGUUACAACCAAAAACAUGACAAAAAGACAACUUGUAAAACCUGCUUUUUUCCUCAGGGCUUUUAUGUAUAUAUUUUUUUCUAUAUAUUUUGUAUGUGACACAAUAUUUGUUGAAUUCUACUGAAGAACUUUCCGAUCUGCACAAGUUUUUGACCAUAUGUUUUGGCAGCACAAUCAUUUCAGAAGUUAUGAGAAUGGAACACUUAUUGUGUUAGUAGAUUAAAAAGCAUCUGUUAAGAGUUAUAUGCAUUGUAAAGUGCUGUGUCUAAGCAUUAAAACAACACCCAUUAUGUGUUGGUUAAGGAAGUAGUUCUUAAAUGCUUUUUUUCCAGCACUGAACAUCAAAAGUAUGCCAAAAGAUUUAUAUGUACUAUGUAUUGGGAUUUAAGCAACUCAGCAGCAAGCAUACAGUAUAUGACUGAUUUAUUUGUAUGUACCAAUGUGUUCCAAUACUUCAGUGAACUUGAUAUUACUGAUACAGUAAUGUAAUAAAUACGU